AUGGGCGGCGACAAAGUUCUGGUCCUUGGGGCCACUGGGCCCGCCGGUAUUUGUGUGUUAAGAGAGCUUCUCCAUCGAAAUAUUCCUGCAUUGGCUUUUUGUCGAAAUCCAAGCAAAAUUCCCAAAGAUCUGGCUGAUAACGCGCUUCUCGAGGUUACUAAGGGGGAUAUGUCCAAGCGUGAGGACUUGUCUCGGGCAAUCGCCAAGUCUCGCGCCAUUAUUUCUUUGCUUGGACCUAGUGCUGAUCGCCAACCGCGGGAUACCUUCGCCGGUUAUUAUCGAACAAUCGUCCCUAUAAUGCAGCAACAUGGUGUGCGCCGUCUCAUGGCUCUGGGAACAACCGCUAUUUACCGUCCCGACGACCGAACCUCCAUUUCGCGCGCCCUUAUGGCCGGGCUCAUUCGGGUGAUCGUAAACAGCGGGUAUCAAAACAUCAUGGCUAUCCAAGAAUAUUUCGAGUCUGUCAACGAUCUGUCAAUCGAGUGGACAGUGUAUCGUCUAGGGUGGCUCUCUGGUACCAGCGAUGCAGCUGCCUGGUCCAUUGAUCGGAACCAAGGUGAGGCCUACGCAGGGCCCGUUGGAGGACCAGGUUUUUCUUCGGGAGUUAACAGAAGUAUUUUGGCUAAGUGGUUGGUGGAUACUUCUCUGGCCCAGAACACCAGAUGGGUGCACCAAAUGCCGGCCAUUAGUAACCCGCGAAAAUGA